CAAUGCUUCAGGAAAUUUUCUGAUGUGGAUAUCUUGAGCUCUUUAUCUUAUCGGAGCUUCCAGCAUCCAUGCAAUCAGGAGGGGUUAUGAGGGGCCAUCCAUUGGUACCCUGUCGUCACUGCUUUCGGCAAACAAGACUGAUAAACAGCAUUUCGAUAGUCGUCCGGACUGCCAGACUUGCGACUCCUUCUGUUAGUUGACGAUUGAGGAUUUGUUAUGUCGCAGACCAUCAUUCUGGGCGCCGGUAUCGUCGGCAUCUCGACGACCUAUUAUCUGUCCAAGCAUCAAACACCCUCGAGUAUUCAUCUUGUCGAAGUUUCGCCCGAGUUGUUCGCGUCCGCAUCAGGAUUUGCGGGCGGUUUCCUUGCGAGGAACUGGUUUUCCCCUGCCGUUGCAGAGCUGGGGGCGCUUAGUUUCGAUGAACACAAGAAACUUGCAGAGAAGGAGAACGGUGCUGAGAAAUGGGGCUAUGCGCCAAGCACGUCGAUCAGCCUAUCUUCCUUGACGAAACCAGGAAAAGGAGUUGACGUCUGGUGUCGCGAUGGUAACAGCCGGGCAGACGCCGCCAGUUGCGACCCUGCUGUCGGAGCAGCGCCGCUCUGGCUCCGGAGAGUACAGGGAGAUGCUGUUAAAGUCAUAAGCGAUGAAGGCACUGUGGCUCAAGUAGACCCAUUGCAAUUAUCGCAGUUCCUCCUCCAGAAAUGUCUUGACUCCGGUGUGCAUUUGCAUCAACCGGCAGAAGCCAUUUCCAUACGUACCGAUGUCUGUAACGAAGUCUCGAGCAUUCGCAUAGCCGACACCCAAUCAAGUACCGAGACCGAUAUCCCAUGUACGAAAAUCAUACUCACCGCCGGUGCCUGGUCUCCAGAGGUUUUUAAGAAGCUUUUCCCCAACACUGGCUUCAAACUGCCAAUCGCAAGCCUCGCAGGCCAUUCCCUGGUGGUCAAGUCCCCGCGUUGGACAAAGCAAGACGAAGAAAAGGGCUGUCAUGCCGUCUUCAUGACGAGCGAGCCGGGCUACUCACCCGAGAUAUUCUCACGAAUAGGCGGGCAUAUUUACAUCGCUGGCGUGAAUUCAGCAACCGAGCCAUUGCCAGGACUGGCUACGGAUGCUAAACACAAUAUUUCCAAGCCGUCGAUUCUGAGGCUGCGAGAUACGGCAAGAGAAAUGCUUGGUCAAGAUGAUGCAGAAGACGACUUUGAAGUUGUAAGAGAGGGUCUUUGUUUCCGGCCAGUGACCAACAGCGGCUUGCCUAUCGUGGACCGGAUACCGGACGCGUGUCUGGGGGUCAGCACGCGGCCGGGUGCCGAAGGUGGUGUGUACCUUGCGGCAGGCCAUGGUCCCUGGGGUAUAAGUCAGAGCCUCGGGACUGGCAAGGUCUUGGCUGAGAUGGUUCAGGGGAGGGAGUUGAGUGUCGAUAUCUCGGGGUUAGCCUUGAAGGCUUGACGAAGAGCGUCCACGAAAAGGUCGCAUUAUAUCUAUCUGUUACUUGUGGGUGCAAAAUAACGUCACAGAAAGAAGGGGCGCGCCGGUUUUAUGAAAUCUCAGUCUUGGCUUGAAGCCAUAUUAAUGAUCGUCAACCUUGAUGACUGCGGCAACGAGUGGCAACCAUUUUCAGGCAGCAACAGGGUGCAUCACAACCUGGUCAUUUCCAGUCACUGAAAUUUUAUGAAGGAUGGUUAAAUUGGAUGGAAUCUAUGUGACUUCUAGGCCGAUAGUACUUUGCUGAACAUAUCUAACUCUGCC